AUGAGUAUAACUAGAGCCAAAGAUUUGGGGCUUCCAUUGAUGAAUCUCGUUAGACUUAGAGGAACACCAAUCUUGGAGCAACUCCAUUUGGAAGAACGGCUUCUCAGAACAUCUUCUGAUAAUUGGUGCAUCGUUAACGAUGGAACCAAUGUCCCUACCAUUGUCAUGGGAAUGUCAGGGAAGCCUUCUCAACUUGUUGAGCUUGGACCUGUUGUAGAGGAUCGAGUAGCGGUGAUUAAAAGAUUCACGGGAGGAGGAACGGUGAUUGUGGACAAGAACACACUGUUUGUGAGUUUGAUUUGCAACAAGGACGAUGUUCCAAGUGUACAGCCUUAUCCUCGUUCUGUCAUGGCGUGGAGUGGUUCGUUGUAUGGUGAAGUGUUCAAGGGUAUCAAUGGUUUCCAGCUACGUGAGAACGAUUAUGUUUUUGGUGAUCGUAAGUUUGGUGGAAAUGCUCAAUCAAUAAUUAGGAAUCGAUGGAUACACCAUACGUCAUUUCUAUGGGACUACGAUGUGAGCAACAUGGCGUACCUUAAGCUGCCUUCGAGAGUGCCACAGUACCGUUUGGAAAGAGAUCACACAGAUUUCGUGUGUAGAAUGAAGGAUUACAUUGAAAGAUCGGAUUUUCUCGAGAAGACAGUAAAGGCUGUGGGAAACCAAUUCACACUGAAGCAAGUGAACCUUGAGGAUAUCGAUUCAUAUGCAAAAGGAGAACACUUAAAGACCACGAGGCUCCUUACAAUGGAGGAACUCGAAGAAGCAAUGGCUGGCACAACUCAGAACGCGUGA